UCGUCUCAGAUUGCCAUUAUUAGUCAUGAAUUCUUGUCAAAAUUAAUUUCGUAAAAUUUCAAGUUAUCUAUUAUGUAACUGAGAGUACACGAGUGGAUCAAUAGAUAUACAUAUGUAGUUAUAUUAUUUCAAAAUUUUUAUAUUUGAUUUCUUUUAAUUUUAUGUCUGCAUUUUGAUUGUAUUAAUGUACAGUCACUAUGACAGCUAAUACAACCGAAGUGCAGCUAUUUUGGAUUUCCAACAUUGAAUUUUCUCCUGAUUGUUCCUGCAUCGAAUUUUGCAACUACUCGAAUCGAAACACGUUCGCAUCGAGCUUGGACGAGCCUUAUCCGUCAAAGUUCCUCGAGUUUCUUUUUUUCUGUACAGCGCGUGUAUACAAUCUUUCAUAUCAAUUAUAUACUUUUUUAAAUAUUUCUUUGGGCAUACAAUUUUAAACUCGUGAGGAUAUUAAUAAUCAAGAGAAGGAAAUUUAUUGUAUGCUCUUUGAGAGAAAUGCAAGUUAUGUACUGGUAACGAUAUCAUGAAAUUCAAUCUUCCUCGGUAGAAUUUCAGUGUUGUCAGAGAAUCCUUGGCUGAGCUCUGAUUAUGCAGCUGGAUACGGUAAAUUUUAAGGGGAUUAAAUUUCCAACGCUGUCGACGCUUCGUCCUGGCUACAACUUAUUUCAGGAAACUAUGGAGUUGUAUAAGAGAAUGCCCACGUACAGGGAUGCCGGAUUACAUCGUCGCCGUGAGUUCUGCUCUAAUUGCGAACAAAACGAGCACGAGGAUGUACCGCACGGCGUCGCGAUGCAUAGAAGGAGAACGAGAAAUUAUGAGAAGCAUUGUCCCUCGUGCCAUUGCCCACCCGAGAGGCGAAGAUUUUCUUCGCCCGGUAGACCAAGGACUUCGGAAAACGUCGAAGCGAUGAUAAAUCGAUGCGAACGCGUCUUCACGGAUCCGAUGAGUUCGGUUAUCAAGAAGUCGCAGAGCAGUCCUUUGUCGCAGAAACUGUGCUGGUACGAGUGUCAAACGGAUCCUCAUUCUCGUUGCCCGAGAAGAUCGUUACACACCCGUCGGCGGAGACUGGAACAGGAUAGAUAUCUGCUCAGGAUGAAGGGAGACGCCGCGAACUUGGAAUUGACCAAUGAAGAUAUCGCGGCUUGCUCCAGGUACGAGCGAGCGGUACCCGUCAAGAGCUCGCUGAAGAAACACGGUCAUUACAGGCAGGCUGAGAGAUCGCCAGACGAGCGGGAAUGUUCCGACGCAGAGAGCGAGGUGUCAUUGAAGUAUACUCCACGCGUUCUCCAAUCGAGGAAGUCUCGCGUGCUGAAUCCUGGGCCGAGGCGCCGCUACGCCGGCAUCGGAGACGGUGAAGACGUCGCGGAGACGAGAAACGACAGCGACGUCGAGUCUCAGGAGAUGAGGAAACUCGUUCUGGGAUUCGAGGACAUGGAGAGGCUGAAGCGAGGCGACGGCGAGGCGACGGUGACGAUCAGCGAGGAUGACAAGAGGUUCGAGAGACGGAGACCCGACGUUGCGAGAACGACGAAAUUGAAAAAAUCUGGGGAUGUUGCCUCUCGUUACGUAGCGAGCAAGUCGUCCACGCUGAUCGGUCAGUCAAUAAACAAACCCACGAAGGAACUCGUACUCAACAAAUCCGCGGAUCUAAGCACGAACCUGGAUCUUCACGCCGCGAAGACUUGCAUCUUGGAAUCGAUCGAUCGUAUGCUCGGUACCAUGGACAACACGAAAAACAAUACGCCUGCGCAACAGGAGCAAACGGAGGAAGAGACUCUUGAGAAGAUAACUCGCGAACUCCAGGAGAGCGGCUGGCAAUUAUUAUUCAACGGUUUAACGAUCCAUAAAGACUCGGCAGACACUAGCAAGCGAAUCGUCCGCCUGGAAUGUUUGCAUCAUAUUCGGCAGCAACUUGAUAAGCUCUAUGCUCUCGAAUCGACUCUGGACAAUUGCCCGCCCAAGCUGCAGCUUCCGUCAAGCCGCGAUAUGCCGCGUAACGAGGAACGUCAACAGUCGCAGCAUCAAUUGGAGCAGAAAACUACGGAGUCUUGAGCAUGCUGGAAGUCCGUUCGCAUUUUUUUUAAGUCUAUUUAAGCACCAUCGUAAAUUUCGAAGAUCCAUGAUGCGCUGAUAUACAAACAUGUAUAUGGAGAAAAUAUUUUUCUUAUUACCCUCAAAAUCAUGAUAGUCGUAGGAGAGCAUAGACUCCGAAAAAUUUUGUUAUAUUUUCAAUAAAAUUCAAUAAAAUUUUAAUAAAAAUUUGAUUGAAUUUUACUAAAGUUAUAGUAAAAGUCCAUGUUCUCUCAUGACUACCAUGAUUUUGAGAGAAUAAAUUCUAACGGAACUUUUCUUUAUGUAUACAUAAAAAAUAUAUUAUAUUGAAAAAAAAAUAUAUAUAUAUGCAAUAUGCAUCGUGGAUGUUUGAAAUGCUAGGACGAAUUGCAAACGUAAGUAUCAUCAUGCGUUAAGAGCGAAUGAGCAUUAUAUAUGAAAAUGUCUACGCGCUCAUACGAAUAACUUAAACGUAUGAAAUUUUAUAAAAUAAAUGUAAAUGUAAUUUG